GGCAUUGCGGGGAGGCGGGGAAGGAGAAGCGGGGGCCGCGCGAAAGGGGAAGAGCAGAGCAGGAAGUGGCGGGGGUGGCCUUCCCCGCCCCCGAGCUCGGCACCCUCCCCCGGAUCACGCCUUUUCCACACCGGCGGACGCCGGCUCUCUGGCCGUAGAGGGUGGGAAGGGCGGGCAGAGCCCGGCCCGGAUCGGACGGCGGGUUUCCUGAGGGAAGGGGGGAGAGCCCGGACACCCGGGGGCCUGCCACCCCCCCGUGAACCGAGACGGGGACUCCACCCACCACCCACCCAUCCUUCUCGCUUCCUCCCCGGGGGCGCGGGGCCGCUGGAGUGGGCCACGCUGACGUCCGACCGGAGGCAUCGGGCAGGAUGGCCGGCUGGCUCCAGCGCAUCCUCGGGAGGCACAAACACAGCCCCCGUGCGCCCGGCGAGCCCCCCGAGACCGGCCCCGGCGAGCCCCCCGAGACCGACCCCGGCGAGCCCCCCGAGACCGACCCCGGCGAGCCCCCGGAGGCGCCCUCCGUCGCCCGCUCCUCUCUCCCUAGCCAAGAGCCGUCCUCGGAGUCCCGGGCCCACGCCGCGGGGGGUGGCGACGGCGCCCGGUGGGGCAAAGCGUACGACGUGUGCGUGUGCCACAGCGAGGGGGACCUGGCGCCCGCCCACGAGCUGGUGUCCUACCUGGAGGAGGGACCGAGCGGCCUGCGCUGCUUCCUGCAGCUGCGCGACGCGGCCCCCGGCGGGGCGGUGGUGUCCGAGCUGUGCCAGGCGCUGGGCAGCAGCCACUGCUGGGUGCUGCUCCUCUCCCCCGGCUUCCUGCGGGACCCCUGGUGCAAGUACCAGAUGCUGCAGGCCCUGAGCGAGGCCCCGGGGGCGGCGGGCCGCACCAUCCCCCUGCUGCGCGGCCUGGCCCGGGCGGACUACCCGGCCGAGCUGCGCUACAUGUACUACGUGGACGGCAGCAGGCCGGACGGCGGCUUCCGCCAGGUCAAGGACACCGUCCUCCGCUAUCUGCAGCAGCUCGGCUGAGGACGCCCCCCUCCCGCCCCAUCCGAGAUGAAGCCCGGGGGGUGAGCCCGUGGACGCGGCCGGGGGCGCCCCGGAAACCGGGACUGGCCCCGACAAAGGAGAGGAUGCUUCCCUUUCACCGUCUGAGCCCUCCGCGCCAGCCCUGGGCGUAGCGAUGGGGUCCGAGACCCCUCCGUCGCACCCUCGGCCCUCACCCUUACCUCUUCCGGGCUCCUCGAGCGCAAGGGUGACCACUACAGUAUCCCCUGGCCCCCGCCCACAGCUGGAGCAUGGGGGCGGGGGGGGGUCCCGCCUGGGUCUGGUACCCCCCCGGGGGCCGGACCGGUCUGCCUGCCCACCUGCAGACCCUCCCGGGCGCCCCCCGGAAAGCUGAGCACGACCCCUCCUGGGUCCCACGUUGGGCCUCCUCCUGCCGGGGUCAGAGAACCCCAGGCCAGGCGAGAGGUGAAGCCUGUCCGGCCUCCGGGCCUGAGCAUCCUGGACCUCCGAAAGCCUCCACUUGAUGGCCCAGUUUGGAGAAGACCCAGCAGGCCUGGGGCAGCGUGGACUGCCUCCCCCUCCGGGUGCGGGGACCUGGGGUCCCGACGGGCCGGCUCUGGCAGGGACCGAAGCGGAGCAGGGAGAGGCGGCGGGGUGGGG